AUGUCUCGCCAGUACUCCAACGACUACGCGUCUGGCGGUUAUCCGGCGCAGGCCUACAAUCCGAGCUACGACUACGCCGACGCGAGCGCCCGUCAACGGCACUCCCCCUCGCCCUAUUACAACAGCAGCCAUAACACAGCAUACGACAACCCUUCGGCUGCCGCGUCGUCAACCUACAUGAACUCGACACCACCUGCCUACAGCUCACAGCAGCGCCUUGCCGACCCAGAAGCACAGGCCCGGAAUACCUAUGGCACGAGUAGAAAUGGCCCCCGCGGUGUCAGUCCCUCUCCUUUCGAGACCGUUUUCGACGACCACAUGUACCCUGCAACAUCGCGCCAAAAUAGCAACGCCCCUAACGGCGCUGAUACGACCUACUAUGGUGCGCCACACCACACACCCUCGGAGGACAAUAUGUUCGCUACAUCUGUGGGGCCGGAUGACAUUCCCCUGCGUGACCGCUCAGGCAACAAUAAGUUUGGCGGAGCUGAGUCACCAGAUCAUGUCUACGAUGCUCCUCAGGGCGGCAUGGCUAGCGAACCGCCACCCGGCGCCGGUGGCGCUGGCCGGAAGGGUGUGCGCUUCGGUGAGCUGGGCAUGCUGGGCGCCAACAAUCGCAAGCGUAUCCCGAUUGUUGUCUACAUCUUCACAGUUGUGCAAAUCGCGGUGUUCAUUGCCGAAAUUGUCAAGAACGGCAUCCUGACCGGCUCGCCUAUUAUGAUCCACCCCAGCUUCAACCCCAUGAUCGGGCCCUCAACCUACGUGCUCAUCAACAUGGGCUCUCGCUUCGUCCCCUGUAUGCACAAUGUCAAUGGCGUCCAGUCGUCGACCGUGGCCAUCGAUUGGCCGUGCCCAAAUAGCACGACAAGCGACUCCUCAAACCCCUCUAACCAAUGCACGCUUUCGCAGCUCUGCGGCUUCAACGGCGUUCCCAAUCCCUUGUAUGAUGGUAACGCCCAGCAGAACCCCCAGCCCAACCAGUGGUUCCGGUUCAUCGUACCAAUGUUCUUGCAUGCCGGCGUUAUCCACAUCGGCUUUAAUCUGCUAUUGCAACUAACCAUGGGUCGCGAUAUGGAACGCUCCAUUGGUUCAAUUCGAUUCUUUUUGGUCUACGUCUCUUCGGGUAUCUUCGGUUUUGUUAUGGGCGGCAACUAUGCGGCUACUGGUAUCUCGUCUACAGGCGCAUCGGGCUCGCUGUUUGGCAUUAUUGCGCUGACACUUCUCGACCUUCUCUACUCGUGGCGUGACCGCCGCAAUCCACUUAGGGAUUUGCUUUUCAUCAUUCUAGACAUUGUCAUCUCCUUUGUGCUUGGUCUGCUCCCGGGGCUUGACAACUUCUCUCACAUUGGCGGGUUUUUGAUGGGCCUGGCACUUGGCAUCUCAGUGCUGCAUUCGCCCAACGCGCUGCGGCGGCGCAUUGGAGACGACACGUCCUAUGCGUCCGUCAGCGGUACAUACUCGGACAGCUUCAAGACUUCGAAUUUCGUGCGCAAUCCCGUUGGCUUCUUUAAGGGUCGCAAGCCGCUGUGGUGGGCAUGGUGGUUUCUACGCGCCGGGGCCAUUGUUCUGGUAAUUGUUGUCUUUAUCUUGCUGCUCAACAAUUUCUACAUCUACCACCACACCUGUGGCUGGUGCAAGUAUCUUAGUUGCCUGCCCGUGAACAACUGGUGUGAAAUUGGCAACCUGCAGUUGACCAACACAUCCACGAAGCGCGACUUGUUUUCGAGUGCUGCACCGCGCCUGGCCAACCUCUUUUAA